AUGCAUAAGUGGCUACUUGUCAACUUCGAUGCAAGUUGUUGUUUUGUGCGCAAUAGAAAAGAUCUUGCAGAAGCACUCGAGGUGAAUCCUUCCUAUCUGCGCAACAAUGUUUCCAAUACCGGCACCGUGGUGGAUCACCGCAACUGGCAGAUACCACUAGGGCGUCGGCUUCGCUCCCUGAAAGUAUGUGGGUUGAGAGCACACAUUCACAACGGAAUUCAGGUAGGGAUUGAAUUUGCCGAACUGUUGCGUAGCCGACUCGACCUGUCUGAUAUUAUUAUCCAGCCAGCAUUUGCUCUGACGGUCUUCCGCCUCUUGCCAACUAGUCAGUCAUCAGAACUAGAUUCCAAGGCUAGAAAGGUCUACGAAACCAUACACCAACAGGGUGACUUUUUCUUGACAUCGGCAGUGGUGGACCAUGUCUAUGCUAUACGUGUAGUCAAUGCCAACCAGGCAGCUCAUGUGGAACAUGUUACAAAGGUUUUCGAGUUGUUGGUGACGUUAGCAGAAAGCUUUACUAUGUCCGAAUAG